AUGAGUGUUAAGCUUAGCACUGAUGGGUCAGACAAGAAUGUUGAGCAAUCCUUAUAUAGGAGCAUAAUUGGGAGUUUAUUGUAUCUCAUUGCAAGUAGACCAGACAUUGCUUUUAGUGUUAGGGUUUGCGCUAGAUUUCAAGCCAAUCCCAAAGAAUCACAUUUGGUAGCUGUCAAAGGCAUACUUCGCUAUGUGAAUGAGACAGUCAAUUAUGGGAUCAGGUAUUCUAGAGACUCUAAUACUGAGCUUGCAGGCUAUUCAGAUGCUAAUUGGGUAGGCAAUGCAGAUGAUAGGAAAAACACUUCUGGUGGGUGUUUCUAUGUCGGCACAAACCUUGUUGACUGGAUGAGUAAGAAGCAAAACUCCAUAUUUCUGUCCAGGACUGAGGCUGAAUACAUUGCUGCAGGCAGCUGUUGCACACAGUUUGUGGAUGAAGCAAAUGUUAUGUGA